AUGGCGACAAUUCGGCCCAUGCGCCCUACCGACCUCCUUCGAGUAUCCGAAUGCAACCUCGACCACCUCACCGAAACGUACAACAUUGGUUUCUACCUCGAGUACCUGACAAAAUGGCCCGAGCUUUGUCAGAUAAUAGAGGGCAUGGACGGCGAGAUUGAAGGAUACAUCCUAGGCAAACUCGAGUCCUCGCCCUUCGAACCCCCAAUAAAGCCCUACAAGCCCUCGACCACCGGCGUCCAAUACCCAAACUACCUCCCCUACCACGGUCACAUCACCGCCCUCACUGUUGCGCCCGGCGCGCGCCGCCUCGGUCACGCAACGGCGUUGUCGUCUGCAUUGGAGCGCUCGUCCAACGCAGCGAACGCAUGGUUCGUUGAUCUGUUUGUACGCCGGAGCAAUGAGAUUGCCAAAGAGCUAUAUCGCAAGAUGGGAUAUAGCGUUUACAGGGUUGUCAAGGACUACUAUAACGAUGGCGAGGACGCGUUGGAUAUGCGGAAGAGCUGUAGUAGGGACAAAGAUGGGGAGUGCGUCAGAGUCGACGGGGAGAAGUUCGAGGUCAGCGCCGAGGACGUAUGGUGA